UUUAUUUAUUUUCAACCACCCUGUGUUUCAUUCCACUUCUUAUUCUGGAAAAUUAGAAGUUUAUUACUAAAUAAAACGUGUUUUACUUUUGUUUUUCCUUGCUUUUCUUAUUUCUUUUAAUUUGUAGCAAUGGUGGUUUCUAAAAGAUGUAAAGUUUGUGCAGCACUUGAAGCUGAAAAUAUUCCGAUAUCUGGGGAGUAUUUUGGUAAAUUACUUCCAGAAUUGAUAUUGAAAAUAUCCGGCAUAGAUUUGGACCCGCGUAAAAUAAAUGGUGUGCUCAUAUGUAAAUCUUGUGCGGUACAGUUGGUACACACUGAUUUGCUGGUUGAUAAAUUACGAAACACACUGCAGCGACUGAAGAAAUUGGUGAAGGAGACGAAACCCAAAACGUCAAGUGCUUCUCAAACUAAGGCCAAAAAUUCACCAACCAAUAAUGGCGAACAGGUAAACUUGAACAAAUCCGAAUUAAUAGAUUCUGUAACAAAUUUAGAUGAAUCAAAAACACAAGAUGAAGUUAAGCCAAAAACUCCCAAAAAAGUCGCAAGGCGUAAAUCCGUAUUUCCCGAUGACAAUCAGAUGAAUAACGAUAAUAUCGCUGAGGGGAAUGGAAAGACUCCUCCCUCGGACAAAUCUGAAAAAGGGGAAAGUGAUUCUGUAGCAAAUUUGAGCGAUUCAAAAAUACAAGAAAAAAUCAAACCUAAAACUCCCAAAAAAGUAGCAAGACGUAAAUCUGUAUAUCCCGAUGACAAACAUAUCAGUAAUGAUGAAGACACUAUAGAGAAUGCGAAGACUCCUAAUGAUAACUCAACAUUUACAAAGUUAAAGAAGAAAAUUGAUUGCAAUGCGGCAACCCCUUUGAAAAAGACACCCGAGAAGGCAGAAAAACGGAAGCUGGCCACAUCAACAAAAGAGAAUUCAAAUAAUACAAAUGGCAAUUUGGUCGAAUCCACACCAUUGAAACGUAAUAAAACAAAGUCAAUAUCUGUAAGCGAAGACUUUCCAAUGGAUUUAACUAUUGAUGAACAGGAUGGCAUCGCCUCAAACAAUGACACAAGCAUAAUUGAUGGUAAAGUGAAAGUUAUAAACUGCAGUAUUUGCGGUAAAGCAUUUCAACAAAAGAGCCAAUUGCGCGAACAUAUCGAGACAAGUCAUAUGGGAGAACGUCUAAAGGCAUGUCCGCAUUGUUCGUCCGAAUUUCGGUCGCAGCAAAAAUACGAGUCACAUAUAUUUAGUGAAAAGUGUAAGAAUACUAAUCAUGUUUGUCAGUACCCAAAAUGUAACAAACGUUUUAAAACAGUUCACAAAAUGGAACUGCACAUGCAUGAAAAGCAUUCAUCGCAGAAUGAAUCGGAGGCAGAAUAAUGCCCUCCUACUUUUAAGUUGUCGGAUAAAAAUUUAUUUUACUAUAUUAAGGAUUAAGUUUAAUAUUGAAUUUAAUAAAUUACAUACAAAGUUCUUUGUAUCGACAAAA